GUAUAAUAUUAUACGUUCUCUGCAGCCGACGUUAAACAAAAUAAUAACACGUGCAGUAAUACCUAGUGUUUUUCUUAAAUUUAUAAAUCUAUUAAUUUUAAAUAAUGUCUUCUUCUGAGAGUGAUGAAUCCGAGAGAGAGAUGCAAACAGAUGACGAGGAGCAGGAAGAACCAGAUUUAGAUGCUAGUGACACCGAAUCUGAUGAAGGCGAUGAAGACGAAGAGAUGGAAAAUGAAUCCCAGAAAAAACUAUCGCUAGAGCAGAAGGUUGCCGAAGAUAUCACAAAAAAAUAUGCUGAACGUCAGGGCAAACAAUUGUAUAUAAGAUUCCCACAUAAACUGCCCGAAGAUGAUGAUGAGUUCCAGAAAGCCGCCAAAGCAUUAUCUCCAUUAAUAUUGAAAGCGCAUAAACCACGACAAAAACAUGCACGUUUUUGCUUGGUUGAUUUCGGUUCACGUGAAGAUCGCGAUACCGCCUUAAAAGCUAUAAAAGCAGCAGCAAAAACGGGCGGCACAAAAGUAAUUGUAUCAAUACCACGUACCGAGAGCGAUGAAUUCGUGCAAGAAUUAGUGCAACGUAAAGUGAAUACGUUGGAAAAGAAAAAGGCUAAAGCGCGUUUGAGACGUGCUAGCAAAUUAGCAUUGCGUUCGAAGAAUUUCACAUCCUCCAUUGUUAUAACGAACCUACCACAAAGCGCUUCAGCGGGAGAAGUCCGUAGAUUAUUUCCCAAUGCUGUUGAUGUACAUAUAAAACCACGCAAAGGCAAGUUAAUCGCCUCCAGUAUAGCGACGAUCACGUUACCCUCAACAAUGGAGGCGCGUGCUGCUAUGAAGAAGAAACAAUCAUUAGGUGGAACAGAGCUUAUUGUACGUUUCGAUACACAAAAAGCGAAAAAGAGCGGUGGAAAAGCGAAGAAAAAUAACAUUAAGAAGUCAUCAGCAAGUUCUGCGUCUAAAACAGAUGAAAUUAAAGUAUAUGAUUAAAUAAAAUUUUAUUUGUAAUUACGA